GUCAUGGUUACCAUCUGAUCUAUCUCUGAUUAUCUUAUGUUAUAUCAAUUCACUGAUUUCGAAAUUCUUAAUAGAUCAGAACAGACAUACAACAAUGGCAGGAACUGGUAUUGCGUCAACAGGGAUCGUUCUUGAAGCACUGAGAAAAGAUAAUUACGAGAAUUGGAGCGCUCUGGUGGAGAACUAUCUUGUAGGGCAAGGCCUCUGGCAUGGAAUUGUUGAGGCUGAUCCAAAAAAACCAGAUCACAAUAGUGAAAAAGAUGACGAGUGGAGACUGAAGAACGCAAAGGCUUUACACGCCAUUCAACUGGCGUGUGGGUCAGAGAAUCUGUCGAAAAUAAGAACAUUCAAGAAAGCCAGAGAAGCAUGGAAUCACUUGAAGAUCUCCUUCAGCGAGGACGUUAGAGCGUUCCCAGAUAUCGAGCAAGGACACGGCGGUAGUGAAGCAUCUUAUUAUGAUCUCCACGAUAACGUGAUGAGAGGCCAGUGGGAUGAAGCGAAAUCUUCAAUCAACAGUAACCCUGAUGAUAUUUUCGAAAUUGCAUCCUCUACGGGGAGGACGGUACUUCACAUUGCAGUGGCUUCAGGACAAGAGGAGAUUGCAAAGGAGUUGGUUAGCAUGGGGAACAAACGGUUGCUGAAGAUGCAAGACAAAAGCGGAUACACGGCUCUUGCUCUUGCUGCUAAAUUAACCGACAAUGUAGACAUGGCAGAGAGGAUGGUUCGUAAAGGAGGAAAGGAGCUGCUAACCAUCCAAACCAAAGCCGGUGAUGACGACGGCAAAACUAGUACUGAUCCUAAAAAUGAUACAAACGGGGAUGCUGAAUCAACCGAUAACAAGACUACUACUGAUGAGGAUGGUGAAGAAGGUGAAACAAACGAGAAAAAGGGGGAGGAUGGCGACGACGAUGGUAAUAAAGAAAAUGAUCAGAAAAUGGAGGGGGAUGGGGUUGAGGAUGAGGAUGUUAACAAAGGCAGAGGGGAGAUUCCGGUACUUUUAGCAUCAGCGAGUGGUCACAAAAAGAUGACUAGGUAUCUCUUCUCCCAAACUCCCAUUGACGUUCUCUUCGAUAACGGUUGCCACUACUGCCUUAUGCUUCUCAAACGAUGCAUCUCUGCUGAAAUAUUUGAUAUUCCCGCCUUACUGCUCCAACACCGACGUUAUGAGGAGAUACCUCUGACUAAUAACCCCAAAGAACUUCAGCAAUUGGUACAUGCAUUAGCUCACAUGCCUUCAUCAUUUCCCAGUGGUAUCCAGCUUAGUCGGUGGCAGCAAUUUAUAUAUAAUUCAACGAAGCCACAGGCACACAUGGUCCUUAAUGACAAAAGAAUCAAGAUCCUAUUAUAUGCUGAACCAGAAGACGAGAACUCAUUUUCAAAUAGCUGGGCAGAUUUUAUUGCAACUCACCCUUUGGGCAGAAUCUUCAGGGCAAUUUCAGUCUUAUUGCUCGUAAAACAAUUAAGCGCACUUCUUGAACAAGUUAAACACGUCGCUCAAACUAUAAUACUUCGAAAGCUUCCUGGAAGUGAGAAAAUAUACGAUAUGAAAAAGGACCAUCAUUUAGUACUUGAGAUUCUUAGAUGCCUGAGCAUGAGAAUAUCAGAUUUAAGUGAAGCAAGGAUACAUGAGUGUUCAGCUUACGACACAAUGUUACAGGCAGCUAAGUCUGGAAUUAUUGAGAUCAUUAAAUCAAUGAGGCAUGCAAACCCUAAUCUUCUAUGGGCCAUGGACAAAAACAGAAGAGAUAUAUUUUCUCAUGCGAUUUUGAAUCGUCAAGAGAAGGUGUUCAGACUCAUUCAUGAAAUUGGGGGGCGAAGAGAAAUGUUUGCAUCCCGUUUAGAUGUGUUUAACAAUAACAUGUUGCACUUGGCAGCCGAGUUAGGUCCUUCUUCUGACUUAGGCAGUAGAUCCAAUGCUGCUCUGCAAAUGCAAAGAGAACUCCAUUGGUAUAUGGCGGUGGCGGAAAUAGUGCCUCCCAAGUGCAAAGAAGCAAAAAAUGCUGACGGCAAGAAGCCCCGUGAAGUAUUUACCAAAAAUCAUGAGGAUCUGUUGAAAUCUGGAGAAAAAUGGGCAAGAGAUACGGCAGGUUCUUUCACACUUGUGGGCACUCUCAUUAUCACCAUCAUGUUUGCCGCAGCCUUCACUGUCCCGGGAGGAAAUGACCAAAAUACCGGCAUACCAAUUUUCUUAAAAAAAAGCACUUUUAUUUUUAAUAUCUUCAUUUUAGCUGAUGCAGUAUCUCUCAUUACUUCCUCUUCUUCUGUCUUAAUCUUUAUUGGAAUCCUUACAUCGCGUUAUGCCGAAAAAGAUUUUCUCAGAAGCUUGCCCCUCAAGUUGCUGUUUGGACUUAUCACUCUCUUCUUUUCCGUUGCAUCCAUGAUGAUAGCUUUUGUUUCCGCACUUUCUAUGAUGCUCAAGGGAUACCGUGGUGUUGUGAUUGCAGCGAUGUCACUUGCCAUUAUUCCAGUAUUGGUUCUUAUUCCUACAUUGUUGACUCUCUCGUUAGAGAUUUUGAAAUCCACCUUGAAACCUAAUUUGCUCACGGCUAUGCAGAAGAAGAAGAAGAGUCCACCCUAAUUAAUAAUAUUAUUAUCGUUCCCCCAAAAAACCCCGGCUGGGAAAAUAUUAUUGGUGUACACUAUGCCUGGCAUGAAUUUGAUAUUCAUAGCAUGAAAGAGUGCAUAAUAUGUACUUAUUACUUUUGUUUAAAUUAUAAUUAAAAACUGACAUUAUUUAUUUUAGUUAUCAAAGUAAUAUAUAAAAA